CAUGUUCGCCAUUUUGGUAGUAGAGAUUUUGUGAGGCUACCAUCCCAAGAAUCCACUUAAAAUCGGCAAUCAUCGGUCCUUUUAGGGAUUUUAUUAAGGAUUACCCAUAGUCUUUUGACAUCACCCAAGCGAACGGACCUGUUUUUUAACGGUUCGUUCAUAGGGUAAGAGGGAGAAAAAUCUUCAAUGACUGCUAAGGCAAGAUGUCCUCACUCUCGGGGUUAGGUAAAGGUGACAGAGGCAGGGGAAAGUACAAAUCUAUAGAUAUAAAUACAAUAUAUCAAGGCAAAAGUGUACCAACACAAAAAACUACAGUUACUCGUCAGCAUGGGUUACAAAGCCUGGGUAAAGUGGCAAAUGUGCGGCGCAUGCCGCCUCCGGCCAACUUACCAAGUUUGAAAAGUGAAAACCUCGGAAACGACCCAAACAUCACUCUUGUUCCAACCGGAGGAUCAGGAUGGGGCACGAAGGAGAAAGAGCAGGAGAAGCAGACCACCAGUACGAAUCAGCAGCCAUCGUCGCAGCCGCAGCAGGCUACCACACAGUCAUCGGGGCAGAACGUCAGCAGUCAGGCAGGUGUUGCUGGGGGCACAACUAUUGCAGCAACAUCUGUAUCGACACCUACAACAACAGCAGGGGCAACGGGCAAGCCAUCAUGGAGCAGUGUAACGGUUGGGGACACAGCAAAGGGCAAUGUUGUCAGUCACCAAUCACCAAUGUUUCAGGAGGAGUUUCCCACAUUAAAAUCGGCAGAGGACAAAAAAGAUGGCAAGAAGGAAGACGAACCUCCUUCUCAGGUUGUAACAAAAGACUUACCAUAUGGACCAGGGCCAAGUUUACGACCUCAAAAUGUAGGGAAUUGGCGAGAAGGAGGAGGACGUGGCGCUAUGCAACAGCAGCAGCCCAAACAAGACACACCAUCAUCUCAAUCUUCUCCACAGCCAAGCCAGACAGAAACACAACAGAAUGGCCCCCCGACGUCCGGUGGCCCUCCACCUUCCAGUGGGGCUGACAGCCCUGGGACCCAGCAAGCGCCACCCAGGCCUGGGUCCAACCAAGGUCCUGGUACUCAGGGGCCAAUGCCCAUGGGGCCACACAUGGCUAUUCCCCCUCAAUAUAGGAUGAUGCCACCCUAUAUGUAUGGAAGAUUUCCUCCAGGGUACCCACCUAACUAUUCAGGAAUGCCACGACCUCCGUACCCAUACGACUCCAGAUUUAGACAUCCUGGGGCCAUGCAGAUGCAACAGAGGCCCCCAUUGGACAGCAGUGAAGAGGGAUAUAAGAGGCCCCCUGUGAUCACAGACAAGGACCUAAAGAGUUUUGACAACAUGAGACUUGACAAAAGUGAUGAGGGCUGGGCUGGGGCCCAGGGAGACAUUGACUACUCGGAAAAACUUGUGUUCAGCGAUGACGAGGAUGGCAAUGAAGGAAGACGUCGAGAGAAAAAGAAGCACCAGGAGCAGUCUGAUCACCCUGGCAAAGCUAAGGCAAGUGGUGAUAACGACGAGGAGAAGGACAGAGAUGAUAUGUCUAAGGGUGAACAUGGUCCCCCUAAUCCUCGAGAAGCAUGGAGCCAAGGACAGAUACCACCACAGUACAGAGGGCAGCCAAGACCACCCCACCCAGGCAUGGAUGGGCGUUGGCAGAUGCCCCCAUAUGAGUUUAUGGGUCCACCACCAAGGGGACCCCCUUAUCCACCACCAUAUAGGGUGCCGCCAGGUGCACCUCCACAGAGACCACCUUUUCCACAACAGCAGCAACCUUCCAUGCCACCAAUGAGUUCAGCCAGUACACCAACUCAACAGCAACAGCAGUCUCCUGCACCUCCGCAAACACCAAGCCCGGGGCAGAGCCCUAGCCCAGGCCAGACACAGAGUCGUGAACGAGAGAAGAAGCACUCGGGUGGAGGAGAUGAGGAUGAUGAACACUGGCGACAGAAACGCCAGCAGAGAAAUGAGGAAGUGUCUAAUGCAAUUGAGCGGGCCAGACAGAGGCGAGAGGAAGAGGAAAAGAAGAUGGAAGGAGAACGCAAAGCUGCUGCUGCCGAAAAAUUACGACAAUUAGAUGAGAGAACCAAGAAAAAGGAUGGCAAAGUUUCUGAGUCUGACACAGAUUCGCACACGGAGUCCACACAUGCUGAGUCCCACAAAUCUGAGGGAAGGUCAAGUAGGACACCAAGUGAGAGUAGUGAGAAGGAGGGAAGGGAACGGUCCUAUAGUAGGGAACACAAGUUUUCACCAUCUGAACAGCAACCAAGCAAGAGUGGAUCAAGAGCAGUGCCACCUCGCUUUCAGAACAAACAACAACAGCAGCAGCAACAGCAGCAGCAGCAACAACCACCUGAAAAUACGAUGAGGCAACCCCAACCACAACAACAACAACCAGGGUCUCCCCAGCCACACCCAGGGCAGAUGAGACCUGGACAAGGACCCCCUCCACCUUGGGGGCCAUACCCCUGGCCUCCAGGAAUGCCAAUGCCAUUUAUGGAUCCGAACUUUCCUAGGCCACCAAUGCCAAUGCAAGGUAUGCCUAUGUAUCCAAUAAGAAGGAGGAAUGACUCGCAUGGCUCUGGAACUGACAGCCAGGACAAUGAGGGACGCCAGGAGCCAUUUGAUCGUGACCCCAGAGCUGAUCCUCGAGCAUGGGGCAGUUACUCAAUGCCACAUGGCCACCCAGGCCAAUAUGAUGGUCGUCCUAGCCCAUUCUAUGAUCGCAUGUAUCAGGAGUAUGAACGGAACUUUUUGGACUAUAAUGAUCGAAGGGAACAUGACAGGAGAGAGCGAGAAAAGCAGGAAAAAGUGAGUUAUGAUGAUGACAAAGACUAUGAUGCAGAGGAGUCUGAGGAAUCCUCCAAAGAACCAGAUCGGGAACGUCCACCCAGGGUACAGAGGGACCCUUUUGAUGACACACCUGACCAAGGAGACAAUCGAGAUCAUGACUGGUCACCACAACCAAGAGAGGAGAAACCUAAAAAGGAGGAGAGAUCUAGAAAAGAAGAACACCGCGAGAUGAAAGACCAUGAUGCUCGAGUUUCAGAGCACGAAAUAGAACAUAAAGAAAAAAUGGACAAGCCAAUGAGGGAUCGUGAUCAUCGUGACAAAGAUCACCGCCGAGGUGAGGAAAAAGAAAUGUUUAGGAACAAGGAUUCCCCUUGGGGCCACCCCAGACAGUCUGCACCUAGUAGGAAUGAAUAUGACCGAUUUCCUGGAGUUUUACGAAACAUGGAUGAUGGAGGACGACAUUACAGCAAAAGGGAACAUCCCAGCUGUCCACCACCCAUUACCCCUCAGCAGUCACAGCAGAAUAUGCCACCAAGAAGCCACUACACAUCACUCAAAAGGACUGCUUCAAACAUGUCCACCAGUUCUGCAAACACAGAGAGGAAAACAGAAUCUCCAAAGGAAUCAUCUCACGCAGAGAGGGAUGGUUCUAGACAGAAGUCGGCAAAUAGGGUGUAUGCUGAUUCUGUAAAGGAUAAGCCAGUAAAAGAAAAGCAAUCCGAAAGCAAGCCACAGAAGGAGGAGGAAAGCAGGCAAAAGCCAAGGGAAGAAGAAAAAUCUUCUCGUGAGGAAAACCGAGAACACAAGGACAAAAACACGAGAAAGGAAGAGAAAGGUUUCCGUGAUCGAGAGGAACGUGUUUCCAGAGAUGAAAAUUCUUUCAAAGAUAUCAAACAAUACAAGGAUGAUGAGCCACCAAGUGAUGAACGACGUGAGAGAAUGCAGCCACCUGCAAAGAAAAAAAGAGAUGAAGCUUUUGUUAAUGAACGUGGAGACAGAUACAGAAACAGUAGUAGUAGAGGAGGACGCGAGUUCGUGCGUGGGAGAGGAAGAAGUGUCGGAGGUCGUGGAACAAGAGGCAGUUACCCUGCCAGAGGGGGCAGAGGCGGCCCCAGAGAUAAUAGAAGCUAUGAUAGAGGUGCCUCAAGGGGUGCAGGUGGUCGCAAUGACCGUCGCCCAUACAGCCAGGGCCGUGAUCGCUUUGGUGAAGAUAACUACUAUGCUGAGGGAGAGGAGUUGGAAGCUCCCAGGCGGCGUAGAAUGAAGGAUGAGGACAGUGAUCACUCUGAACAAAGUGAUUUUGGCACAAGUGAUUCAUCAGGAGAAGCAGACAAGAGAGACAGCAAUAAAUCAGGUCACAGAGACAAAGACCGAGGUAAGCGACUUGGGUCCCGUGACAAUCGGGGUGCAAUCAGCCAACAGUUGGAUGAUCAAAGGGCUGAUGAUGGUGGUCAUAGACAGUCUCAUGAUGAUAAUGUAGAAAGAAUCCAGCCAAGACGUGAUGAUCGCCAUGAUAGACGUGAUGAUCGUCGUGAUGACCGCAGAGAUGAUCGACGAGGUGAAGACCGUAGACAUGACAACAGGAUGAAUCAGAGAAAUGGAGGAGGUUCCUUUGAACCAAGAGGAGAACCUUCCAGGAGAGGUCGUGGUGGUUCCUCCAUGCGAGGUCGAGGAGGCCGAGGACCUGGAGGAGGUCCUGGUGGUGGAGGUGGCCCAGGUGGUGGACGGAUGUCGUCUGCUCCCCCUGGCAGAGGGGGGUUUGGAAAGCCUGGAGACAAGGAAGAUUGGGGUGGAGGGGGAGGCGGGUCUUAUCGGAAAGAAAAAAGGCCAGGCCGAGAACCACCACCGCCCAGAUUUGCAAUGAAAAAAGGGCUAAAUUUAAACGAGAAGGGGAGGGGCACUGAUCGUGGUAGAGGACGCGGGAGAGGUAGAGGAGGAAGUGCCCCUCCUAGCAUCAACAAUAAGCGGCCACAGCUUAUCAAACAGAACUCCUCAGACCAAGCUAAUGAAGGAAAUGAAGAGUGGGAGACUGCUUCAGAAAGUAGUGGAAUCUUUGAUAAGAAUUCAAAAAACGAAUUUAAGGACAGGGAAAGAAAAGACUCCAACCCUGGUAAAAAGAGUUUCUCAAGUCAGCGUCCAUUUAAUGACCGACAAAAUAGAAAAGGAAAUCAACAAGAUGGUGGUGGAAGGAGACAGAAUGGUAGUGUAGAUUAUAAUAAAAAUUCUGGGAAGGAAAGGUCACCAAAUCAUCUUUCAAAAAAUGGGAGUGGUCCUAGGGCCCCAAACGGGGGUCCUAGGAAACCCUACAGCUCUAGUAAGAAGGAAAACAUUGCCACAGUUUACAGGAUGGAUGAGGUGGUACCAAACAACCAGAAUGCUAUCAACAAUGCCAUCAACAAUCUCAAGAGUCGUCCAGGAAAAAAGUCUGACCUCACGGAUGUAUCCAAGCCAUUGAAAUCAGAAGAGAAGAGAACAAGUGCAUUGGCUAAUAUUGACAUCAACAAUUAUGCAAGUGUGGUGGUGAUUGACGAUGCCCCAGAGGUGACCAUUGAUGAUCCUAAUUUCCUGUUUGACAGUAAUGAGGGUUUUCAGGAGGUUACUUCCAAAAAGGCAUUUAAGAGCAAACAGAAAGCUCAACAGGAGGCAGAACUUAGACAGAAACUUGUGGAAAGCAAGAAGUCUGCUGCAAAGGUUGUUGCAAAGCCAAAGGGUGUUGGUCAGAUUAAUGAAAAACCAAGACAUGGUAGUAAAAGCAAGCUGCCCCCACGUCUGGCCAGACAACGGGAACAACGUGAGAGAGAAAAAACAAAGCCAUUUGACAUGAAGAUAGAAAACUGGGACAAUGAACUUGCCAACAACAUCCCUGCUCCUGCUGCUGAUGCCAUGGAUCAAACAUCAACAGAUGUCAAAAAUGCCAUUGAGCAGGUGAACAGUGUAGCAGUAGGGUCCCCUGCCACUAUGCAGCCCAUGCAUGUGUCCAUGACGCACGUAUCGGCCCCUAUUCCCCCUGUCAGUGCCUGGGUGUCCAAACCCAUCAGCUAUGCUGCUGUCACUGGUGCCCAGGUGUCUGCUGCCACGGCGGAGAAUAAGUUUGACAAGGGGGAUCAACAUGAUAGUGGAAUUGAUGUUAGUGACCAACCUAAUUCUGCAGGCUCUUCAACUAGAAGCUCCCCAAGUGCAGAAAAUAAAUUGAAGAUAGAUAAGACUGAGAAUAAGAUGCCUGUUAUAGCAGUUGAUAUGAAGUCAAAUGAUGCCCCCAAACCACAAAGGCAACCAAAGGUGACACGCAGUGAAAAAGUCAGUGUGAAGGAAACAAUGGACAAACCUGAUUCAAAAGUAGUGAAAAAACCUGAAAUACCUAAAGAAAAAUCACGAAGCACAACCUCCAUGGAGAAACCAGAACCAAUUCAACUACCAAGCUUUCCAUUUGGAAAGGGUGAUGAUGCAAGUGAGAUAAAGCUGGACUUUGUAUAUGAUGAUGCACUUGCAAAGUUCCCUGAGAAGGUGGAGCCAGAGAAGGAUAUAGACUUGGUUGAGCCCAACAUCUCUGUGGUGGCCAUGUCUAUCGCCAGUACCACAGUUAACACACAAUCCAUGGACACCACCUGUCCCACAUCUCCUGCAGCACAGGAUCUGAAUGAGAAAAUUGCAUCCGUCAAAACGUUCUGGGACCAUGUGGAUCAUAUGUCUCCCGGAAUGGUCAUGUUUGAGCAGGGCAUGAAUACGUCUGGCCUUGUGAGUGCAGUGUCAACAGCAUCAGAGACUGUGUCAGUGUCCGACUCCUUCAGCUCCUUUCCACCCGACAUGGACACUGGUGUGUUAGUGAGCAAUGACGCAGGCCUCGACCUCGACCCUGUUUCCAGAGGAGAUGACAACAACAGUAGCCUAGCAACCAGUUUGUCGCCUCGUGAGGAUGGACUCUCCUACAGCUCUAAUUCUGUUGAGGUCAGCGCUACCCUAGGGGACAACGGAAAGGCUAACGAACAAAGCAAUGUUUGCAAAGUGAAGCCACAACAGUUGCAGGCAUCUCUUGGUGGAGACAGCAGUAGUGGCAGUAGUAGUGUGUUGAGUAACCCCUCAAGUGUACCUAGUCCGCCAACAUUGCAGCCGAUUCUACCUACGGCUUCUCAACAGACCUACCAAGCCUUCCAAAUAGGAACUUCGCAGCUGAUCACCCCAGAACCAAGGGUACAAAACCAACCCAGCUUUGGAGGUUAUGGUUUGAACCAACAGCAACCUCAACUGGGACAAACAUUCUCCCAGCAGAGCUUGUUUAUGCCGACCACACCCACCCAGUUAGAUUCGUACCAACUUCCCCCGCUGUCUGCCUACACACACAGGAACCAGCCAGCUCAGCAUCAGCCACAGCACCAACCUCAGGCUGCAUUCGGGCAGAACCCCACCCCUCAGAAUACUAUUAUGGUAUCGUCAGCAACCUCUUCUCUCAUGUCCACCAGUAUCAAACCACCACAAAAUGCAUAUGGAACAACACUGCAGAAGAAUAUGGGACCUAGUUCACUUCAGUUUGGACAGCAAGGCCUGAGUAGUAAUCUGCUACAACCAUCACAGCAGAUCUCCUUUUUCCAGUAUGAUCCCAACCAGCCAUUUGGUACCAAUCAGUUUCUAGGCAACACACAGACUGCUCAGAAUGUGAACACCUCACAGAUUCUUGGCUCCCAGCUUGUACAGCCCAGAGCUGCUGUUCAGAAUGUACCACAAGUACAAGGAUCAUCCUCAUUUUAUCAGCAACCACAACAGAACAUGCAACAGACAAGUUUCUUCUCAACACAGCCAGGUUCCAAUAACAUGCAGCACCUAGGCAAUGGUAACAGAAAGAGUGGUGGUGAGCUGAUGUUCCAGGCCUGUAUUCUACAGGGUGCUCUACAGCAGGCAGCUGCAGCUGGUGGACAAACUGCUGCACAGUUCUUUGGAAACCAGUCAGCAGCAGCAGCUGCUGCAGGGCCUGGUCUUAACCUAUCACUGCAGCCUUCAGGCGGAGCUCAGCCACCCAUGGGUGUGGCCACAGCUCAGCCCUCCAGUGGCUCAAAGCUGUCACAAUUCAACCCCUCACAACAGCAGCAGCCACAACAGGGCUCGCCACAAAGCACUCCGCUGAAGUCUCCCCCACAAACCUUGGGUCAGAAUAGCUUUGGUGUUGCUCCUUCCUCUGCAUCUCAGCAGCAGAAUCAGGGAUCUAAGCUUUUUAACCUUAGUCAACUUCAGACUCCAAACGCUAACCAGAGAUUCAACAAUGUGAGCUUCAACAACAACUUGCAUAACAAUAUGUCAAAUAUUUCCACCAACAUGGCCAACAUGUCAAACAUGAAACAGUUUGGAGGUCAGAAGUUUAACCAACCUUUCAUUGGACAGCCACUCCAAUCUGCAGGCCCAAUGGUGAGAUCUCCUAUGAUGGUGAAUAACUUCAGACCAAGUGCACCCCCAGCUCCUGCCACGUUUCCUAACCCCAUCCAGCGACCUGGAGGGGUCCAGAUUCCUGGCAGUCCUCGACAACAGCGUCCCCCCCAGGUAGUACCCCCAGCAAGCACUGGUGCGGUCUCUGGAUCUGGGGGAAACAACACCAUAAAAGCCUUACAGGCUAAACAGAGACAGGAACUUCUUGCACAUGCACAGAAUUUCCUCAACCCACAGAACAAACCCAGCAUUAAGCUGAAGGCAGAGGCUUCUAUUAACGACAGUAAGAGUCCCCCACAACCUGCUGCAUCUAUUGGGGCAGUGCCCGUGCCCAGCCCAAACCCAACAAGCACGAAGAAAGCAGAUGAGAAGGGCACUGAAAAGAAGUAAAGAGUUGCCUUUAAGUAAUCCCGAAGAGAUGUACUUAGCAACUACGUUUUUUUAUCAUGAAGUACUGAAUUUUUAUUUAUACUAUUAUCAUUAACUCGUGUUUUAGUAUUUAGACUUGUUUUGUGAUAAUCUGUUGUUUGAACAGCUAUGAGAUGGCACAUGGACAUUUUACAUUUGGAUUUGGGAAAAAAAAACUUUCUUGUGACAUAAACAUUGAAGUAAUAUGAAACAAAGGAAAGACAGAUGUUGAUGAAGUCGGAAAUAGUGUGGACAGGAACUAGCAACGGAAACGGAAAAGGAAGACUGUUUAUUCAUGGACAUUUAUUGUGACAUGGAUGAUUGAGGAAGGAUUGACGUGUUCACACAAUUAUCUGUUGUCCUUUGGGCACCUUGUGUGCCGGGCAACACUGAUGAUCAUCCAUGCUUCUGUGAUGUACAGUAGAUAUGAACAUGUAUACAUGCACCUAUGGGGUAAUCAUUAGGUUCUCAAAACGAAUAUUGCCAUAUGUCAAGUAUUAUUGUAUUAUUUAUUUAUUAUAUUUAUCUGUUUUCCAACAGGGAAACAGAUUAGAAUUGAAUAUUUUUAUUUUCUUCGACGCUAGUCGUAGAUUGUACAGUAACAGGCCAAGACUGCCUCAACAAUUUUACAUGUAUACAUACUAUGUUGAUACUGGUGUACCCCAUAGGUGACAUAGCUAGGGAGUUUACAUACUUUUAUUUUACCGUGUAGUAAGUGCUGUAAUCUCGCCCCUUGCCAUGUAAACAAAAAUGGAUCUGACAUGUUCUGCAUAAUAUGCAUGCGUUGGGAAAUGGUACUUAGCAUUUCAAGUCACUUGUAAAUUAGCAUGUAUGCACACAAAGCAUGAGAUUGGUUAGGCACCACGUCAGCAGUUGAGGAGUGAAGGGCUAGAAAAGGAAGAGCUAGUUCUGUAGAAAGUUGAACUUCUUGGUCAGGUAAUGUGUACAAGAGUGUGACCAAAGAAAAGUUAGGCGUCCAUUUUCUAUUUAUAAUUCAGAUAAUAACUGAAUAGACUUCAAGCCUAGUAAAGGCUGAGUACACAGGUACAGGAGAUUUUGACAUUUAGUUGAAGAAUUAAAUGAACACAAAACUUUUGAGUUGUGAUUUUAACAUUUCUAGCUCAAUAUUUUAAGUGAAAAGAGGAGAUGAGGAAAUGGAGGAACAUUAAUAAAAUAAAAUAUAAAGAUUUGUGAAUGAUGAAUCUUAAAAAAGCUACCAAAACACCAAAUUUUUGCCUCUGAAUUACCAAAAUGGCGAACAAGUUUGGAGAUUGUUUUAAUUUAGGGUGUGGUAGUGUUGCAUGGUAUCUUGGGAUAAAGAUAUGGUGGUUACUGUGAGAUGCCCCUAUCGCCAGUCUGUCUGUGCUGCUAUUGCCCCAGUAGCCUGGCAGAUAUGGUGAGAACUCAUUUACAUGUUAUUAAUAUAUAAAACUUCCAGCGUUACUUGUGGGACUAUGCCCCAGUCCCUGGGUGACGAUUGGGCCAUUCUUACCUUGUUAGUGUGACAUGGGUGUGGUCACCAUGGCUGCCCACCAUGUGACUAUACCCUGUCAAGCACUUGACUGUGUAUCAUUUUUUCAUGGUUAGUAUUCUUUAUAGAUACCCCACCCCUUUUUUCACACGGUUCUUAAUUUAAGAGAAAAGACUGAUGUCGUUUGCUAGUUUGAUAUUUAGGUAGAUGAGGAUAUACAUGUGAAGAACUGGAUUUUUUUUUAAAUUCAAAGUCAUUGUGGUUGAUUCUGUGGAAUUGCACAAGUUGAUGUGAAAACGGUUUGGAUAGAUUACAUAAUGAUAAUAUCCCGACUCGUUUGGUUUUUGUGUUGCAAUACUUGUGUGUGUAGAGGGAGGUAUGUAAAAGUAUUGAGUUGGUUGUAAACAGGAUGGGUGCAUGUGUAUUGUAUGUACAUGCAUGUGCUGGUGUGAUAUUUUAACAGAAUUGUGAGUGGUGGUCUCUUCGUACUCCCGAAUGGGAUGAGGAGAUGUCAUUGUGCGAAGGUGAUUGACAGACAAGGUGCUAAAGCAUGUCAUGUCGGUUGUCUUAAAACAUCCAUCAACUUUCUACUCAUUUAUAUACCACAGAUUUUAUGUUCAGUUUCUAUUUGCCUCCAAAGUCAUCUGUAUGUAGCUCUGAACAAAAUAAAGAGCGCUCUGAUGUAA